AGAGCCUGUCGGCUCAAAAGGUUCGUGUAAUCCGAUUGCGAACUGAACACUUCGACCCGCCUCGGCCAGUUGCGCCUGGCGCGGAAACUGGCGCGUGAGGUCGUCCAAAAGGCUUUUCGACAGUCCCUUCAGGAAGGCCUGACCUGACCUGGGAUGAACCCUUAUUCCAUGUCCAAGCCCAGCUAUGGCGCCGCCAGUGGCCCGACGAACAGCGGCCCCAUCUCGCUGGUGAUUAGCACCGUGCAGUUAGCGCUGCUGAUGCUGGCGCCCUGGGCCUUCUUUGCCACCUUGACCUGGGCGCUCAUGAGCAGAUGGGUCCAUUUGUACCAUUCGAUCCGCUUGGUGGUCUUGUGCUUCUUUGGAUCCCUAGUGGUGCUGCUGAUGGUCUGUGCUGCCAUGUGCCGCGUGCAGUGGCUGCGCAAGGGCGGGAGGAUUGGGGAAGCUGAGCCACGCCUUUUGCGCGCAUACUUCUGGUGGGGAGGUCUUGCAGUCCUUUGCUUAGUGGCCUUUAUUGCAGGAUCGGUCGUUGGAACGAUGAUUGGAGACAGCUACAUGAAGAAGUACUACAGCAUCACUGACUUGGACUUCUAUGACAAUGUCAAUCCAGCGCGCAGUUUCGGAAAAGAGAUGUUGGAUGCAGGGCGAGUGAUCUUCACCAAAGGAUCUCGCUUGGACUACCACCGGAGCUUUGCGCAUCAGAACGGCUCCACCUUCUGCGUGGUGCCCAUCAUCGCCGCCAACGACCAAGCGCUGCCAGCCACCUUCGACUUUUGGGCGGCUGGGAAGGACUGCUGUGGGGAGACUGGAGCAGGCUUCGCCUGUGGGGCAGCCAAGAGCGCCGUGGCACGGGGUGGCUUGAGGCUGCUUGACCCAGCAGAUGAGUACAACUACCGGCAGGCGGUUCGCUUUGCAGAAGUGGGCUUUCACCUCGAAUCCGUUCACCCGCUCUUCUUUGAGUGGACUGCGAAUCCCAUUGGGGACAUGAGUGUUCCGCGAGAGGAAGCCUUUGCGAUGUACUUCAUGACCAACUUAGUGUUCUUGCUUGGUACCUUCCUUCUGGUGGUGGUUGGCUACGUCUGCUUCCUGCGCGCGAAGAAUUAAACCCCCUCCGCUGAGCAGAGAGCCGACCGACCGCCCCGAGAAAGAGAGAAAAUGCGUC